GCUAUGCACAAAUCUGUUAUUCCAUUUGUUUUACUUUUUUUUUAACAGUUACGUUCUAGGAUGCAAAAUGGCAUAUUUAAUGAUCCAUCCAAGUUAGCUAAAGUACAUGUAGCUAACCUACUUUCUACUGCAUCUUAAGAACGACGAAAACUCACGCAAAUGCAAAUUGGAAAACAAUGAACCGAAUUUCACAUAUGGCACAAUUAUGGCGGGGCGCUCUCGACGCAGGUGGCUUUAUGGCGCCAACAACAAGGAAGCUCUAUCAGUGGUGAGUGAAAACCAGUCCAUAUUCGAGUCACCCUUCAGUGGUCCCCAGGCCAUGCACAUGAAGGGAGAGAUCACCUCACCUGCAGUGUUCAGACAGGGUUCUGAAGAGAGCGUAGAACCCACUGAGCCAGACUGGACCGGAUCGGCCACACAGAACCCUGCGAAGAGAGCAGAACACAUCAACGGAACCAGCCGUGAGUCCCCAGUGGACUGCAGUGUGACUAAAAAGACCCGACACAUGAGUAACAGUGAUGGGGGACCUUUGGCCUACCAGGCCUCUUACCCAGAACCACGGAGCAGCCCGCAGACUGCCACCCCACCCAGCAGCGCCACAGAGGAGAAGAGGGUCAUUGUACCAGCGGACCCAGAAGUAUGGACACAAGACCAUGUGCGGCAGUGGGUAGAGUGGGCAAUAAAGGAAUACGUUCUUUCCGAUGUGGACGCGUCCCUCUUCCAUACACUGGAUGGAAAAGCACUCUGCAAAAUGACCAAAGAGGACAUGAUGCGUCUCACUACCGCAUACAAUACAGACAUCCUGCUCUCCCAUCUAAACUACCUCCGGGAGAGUAGCCCCACUUUUUCCUAUCCUGCAACCCCUACCAAUACAGAACCACAGCCUAGACUACAGGUUAAAGCUGAAAACAGCUUUGAGGAGAUCGGCAGAAGGAACAGUUGGUCCUCAAGUGCCUUACCAGCUGUCCCAAAAGGUUCUCCUAUCGAACAUCAGCACAACACCAGAAUUACAGAGCCUCCACCAAGACUUCCACAAGACCCCUACCAAGCAUUAGGUCCCAUCAGCAGCCGUCUUGCAAAUCCAGAAACGAAACCAUUCCACACCAAGAUCCGACCGACCAAACACAAUUCUAACAACCUGCCCAUCACCAGCACUGACAGGACUGUGGGCUCUGGUCAGAUCCAGCUGUGGCAGUUCUUGUUGGAGCUGCUGUCUGACAGCAACAAUGCCGCCAUCAUCACCUGGGAGGGCACUAACGGAGAAUUCAAGAUGACCGACCCAGACGAGGUAGCCAAGCGCUGGGGGGAGCGAAAGAGCAAGCCUAACAUGAACUAUGACAAGCUCAGCCGGGCCCUCCGCUACUACUAUGACAAGAACAUCAUGACCAAGGUGCAUGGCAAACGCUAUGCAUACAAAUUCGAUUUCCAGGGCAUCUCCCAAGCCCACCAAAACCAUCCUCCAGAAGGGGGCGUGCUCAAAUACCAGGCCGAAGUGCCAUAUGUGCAAAGUUACCACAGCCACCAGCCAAAAAUGAACUUCAUGGGCACUCAUUCAACCCCUAUGCCCGUUUCGACUGGGAAUUUCUUUGGGCCUCCAACCACCUACUGGAACUCUGCAACAGGAGUGGUGUAUCCCAGCUCACCCAUCCCACGACAUCCCAGUACUCACUCUCAUUUGAACUCUUAUUACUAAAACAAUCUAAUUAUAAAGCCCUGGAUUUCAUACGAGAACAGAGUAUAACAAAACAGUAACUUUUCAGGAAUCCUCAUCCAAUGCAAAUCCUUUGUAGCAAUUCCAAACAGUUCUCCAUCUCACUGCAUUUUUUGUACAGUGUGUGUGUGUGUAUAUAUAUAUAUAUAUGCGCAUAUCAAACAAAGCUGUACGUCUUCUGGGCUAAAUUGUAAAUAGGUCUUGCAUGUUUCAUAUAAGACAUCGAAAAGACUGCUCUGACAUUCCCCAAAAGCAUGCAUACUCAUCUCUGUUUUAAAAUGUAAUAUUCCUUUGUAAGCAUGUACUUUGUACAGUCUUUUUUUUAAUCAAAUAACUUCACUCCCCUAAGUGUAACAUUAUAUUUCAAACCAAUAAAACAUGUAGCUCACUU